GUAGCCAAGAAGAGCUGGGCAGUCCAGUCCUACACAUAAUACUGCCCCUUAAUAAUAAAGUCAUCCUUGACUUCUACAGAAAACACCAGGACACAAAUUCCCUGAUUUGUAUAUUGAUAUAUUUAAAAGUUUGGCGGAGGAAAAAACAUGGAUUUGCCGGAUAUUCCUUUCCCUCUGUCCUCCACAGAUGACUUCUAUGAUGACCCUUGUUUUAACACCAGCGACAUGCACUUCUUUGAGGACCUUGACCCAAGACUCGUGCACGUCAGUCUCCUAAAGUCGGAAGACAGCCACCACAACGAGGACGAGCACAUCCGGGCGCCGAGUGGACACCACCAGGCCGGCAGGUGUCUUCUAUGGGCGUGCAAAGCCUGCAAGAGGAAGACCACGAACGCGGACCGCAGGAAAGCGGCUACCAUGCGGGAGAGGCGACGACUCAGCAAAGUCAACGACGCGUUUGAGACACUGAAGCGAUGUACCUCCACCAACCCCAACCAGAGGCUCCCAAAGGUGGAGAUCCUCAGGAACGCCAUCAGUUACAUCGAGUCGCUGCAGGCCCUACUGCGUGGAGGACAGGAGGACACUUACUUCCAGGUGCAAAUGGAUCCCUACAGCGGGGACUCGGACGCUUCCAGCCCUCGGUCCAACUGCUCCGACGGCAUGAUGGAUUUCAACGGUCCCCCAUGUACAACGAAGAACUAUGACAGCUCUUACUUUAAAGAAACGCCAAAUGAUUCCAAAAGCAAAAAAUCGGUCAUUUCCAGCCUGGAGUGCCUCUCGAGCAUCGUCCAGCGGAUCACCACGGAGCCCGCGGCCAGCACUCACACGUGUCAUGAGGGGUCGGAAGGCAGCCCCAGCCCUCCUCAGAGCGGCUCCGAGGACGCCAGCCCCUUGUCGUCUGACAGCUGCGGGACGACCUCUGGGGACCCCAGCACAAACUACCAAGUGUUGUGAAGCCUACGAAACCUAAGCAGACUAAUUUAUUCCAUGAUUGCAAGCAAAGCUAUAUUCCUAUUCUAUUAGGAUAAACGUAGGUGGCCCCAAAGUCACACGUAAGUAAGAAUUAAGACACUUCCUAAUGCCCAAGUCCUUUUUCUGAAGCAGUACAAACGAAACGCCUACUGAAAUCCAAAGUUUGAGUAGCAUGGCAAUGGCUGUAUUGUGAACGCUGGCACAGGCCUACCAGCAGAAAAGCGCAUCAUGUAGCCUAUUUCAGAGGAAAGCAGCCGAACUAUGCCGUCUAUCCGCCGUCCUGGGGCUGUUAACGUGAGCCUAUGCAUUUACGUUUGGCACGUCUGCAAGAUAAAUGGAAGAUACCAAAGAAUCAGUCGCCGUUGUUUAAAACAUGCCAUCUUGAGCCUACUGACCGAUUGAGAGAAACGAAGCGGACCAUUUUGUACCAUUGUAAAAACAAUUCUAAAAGAGAAAAAGAAAAUGCUGA